CUGUAAGAACACUGUUGCUGUUUGAGCUCCUAUCUCUAUGGCAGAAAGAGAGAGCUGAGUGCCAACAUUCUGGAGCUUGCAGAGAAGCAGACCAUGAGAGAGACAAAGUAGUGCUGUGCUCUAGGACUGCUCCUCCAAUCUAUCUUCUACCAUGGCUCCACCCCUCCCACUCCUCUCCUUGGCAGGGGACAAUUGUGUGAGGGGAAGAUCGGGGCUGCGCAUUAGUAAUCUCUCCUCCCCCCGCUGCUGACGACAGUGGAAGUGACAGCCGAGAGCUGGUGAUGAAAUGAUGAUAAACAGAGUUUUAAAAACAUCCUGCCUGAGCUAUACAAAGGCAACUGCAAUAUGGAGCAGCUUUCUAUUUCAGCAGCAUAGUUCAGUAAGAUGCAGCCAUACUGUUUCAACAGGGUAUAAGGCUGUUAUUUUUGAUAUGGGAGGGGUGCUGCUUCCUUCGCCUUACAAAAUGAUACAAGAGUGGGAAAUUCAUAACAAAGUUCCACCUGGUACAUUAAAGCAAGCCAUUCGAUCAGGUGGGAACAGAGGACCUUGGAUGAAGUAUAUGAGAGGAGAAUUGACUGCAGAACUCUUUGUAGAGCAAUUUGGGGAGCAGUGUUCAAAUAUUGCUGGUCUACCUGUCCCAAUUUUCAGAUUCCUUACAGAUUUCACAAAUGGACCAAUGAUAGAACAGCAUUCAUGCAUGACCCAGGCUAUACGCUGUAUCCGCUCCGAGGGUCUCAAAACAGCUGUUUUAAGCAACAACUUCUUUUUGCACAAUGGGAAAAGCUUUCUGCCUUUGAAUCGUUCACAGUUUGAUGUGAUUGUUGAGUCUUGCAUUGAAGGUGUAUGUAAACCAGACCCUCAGAUCUAUCAACUUUGCGUGGAGCGGCUUAGUGUUCAGCCAAGAGAUUCCAUCUUCUUAGAUGAUCUUGAACAGAAUAUAAGAGCUGCUGCACAGCUGGGCUUUAGUACAAUAAAGGUGGAUGAUCCAAGAGAAGCUCUUGAGCAAUUAGAAAAGCAAUUAGGAUUCCCAUUAAAAGAUUUUGUUCCAAACACUCGCUCUUUGAGACCAGCAAUGGAAAUUCCAAGAGAUCCUUUGAAGAAGUAUCUGGAAAACAUUUUAGGGGAAAGAAUAUCAGGCCAACUAACUCUACGACAGUUUAGCCAUGGACAGUCCAACCCCACAUAUUAUGUUGUAUUUAAUGGAAAAGAAUAUGUGUUGCGGAAAAAACCUCCAGGGAAACUUCUACCUGCAGCACAUGCUAUUGAAAGAGAGUAUAGGAUAAUGAAAGCCCUUAGUGAGGCUGGUGUUCCUGUUCCCAGAGUGCUUCAUCUUUGUGAAGAUUCCAGCAUUAUUGGCACCCCAUUCUAUGUUAUGGAGUAUUUAACUGGACGCAUCUUCAAAGACCCUGCCUUACCAGGAAUGGAGACAAAGCAGCGUUCUGCAAUAUAUUCAGCAAUGAAUCAAGCUCUGUGUAAAAUCCAUAAUGUGGAUAUUAAGACAGCUGGAGUAGAGGAUUAUGGAAAACAUGGGGCUUAUAUUGAACGUCAAGUUCAGAUCUGGACUAAGCAGUAUAGACUUAGUGAGACACACACUGUCCCAGCUAUGGAGAGGCUAAUUGAGUGGCUUCCACUGCAUCUUCCCAAGGAACAGAAAACCACAGUGGUACAUGGAGAUUUCAGGUUGGAUAAUUUAAUUUUUCACCCCGAGGAACCCAAGGUUCUUGGUAUUUUGGACUGGGAAUUGUCCACACUAGGGGAUCCUAUUUCUGAUGUGGCAUACAGCUGCUUGGCUCAUUACCUCCCUUCUGAUCUUCCAAUUCAAAAAGGCCUUAAAAACUGUGACCUCACAGCACUUGGAAUUCCAACAACUGAGGAAUAUUUCCAACAGUACUGCAACAACAUGGGAAUACCAAAGAUUCACAACUGGAAUUUCUAUAUGGCAUUCUCCUUUUUCAGGGUGGCAGCUAUACUACAGGGUGUAUACAAGCGAUCACUCACAGGACAGGCAAGUUCGUCAGAUGCAUCAAGUGGUGGAAAACUUGUGAAUGUUAUGGCUGACAUAGCUUGGGAUUUUGCAACUAAGGAAGGAUUUCGUAUCUUCAGUUCUCAAUCAGGAACAAGUUCUAACAACCCAUCAUCAAGGUCAUAUAGUACAUGCAGUAGAAUGGCUGUACAAAGUGGAUCCCCAAAGACUGCCUUUCCUACAUUAACCAAGACUUCUCAGUACUCCCAGUCAAGGAGUGGCCUGAUACUUUCUCAUAAAGAACUUUCUGGGGAAGCGCUGGAUCUGUACCAAAAAGUUAAGCAGUUUAUUGAAAUGUAUAUAUAUCCCGCUGAGCAAGAAUUUAGAAAUUAUCAGUCGUCUGAGAAGAGAUGGACACCACAUCCAUUCAUAGAAGAGCUGAAGGAAAAGGCCAAAUUACAAGGAUUAUGGAAUCUUUUUCUUCCUUUGGAGAGUGACCCAGAAGGCAAAUAUGGUGCACGACUUACAAAUAUGGAAUAUGCUCACCUUUGUGAAUUAAUGGGGACAUCUCUCUAUGCACCAGAGAUAUUUAACUGCUCAGCCCCUGAUACAGGAAACAUGGAAGUACUGGUUCGAUAUGGAACAGAAGAUCAGAAAGUACUCUGGCUGAAACCCUUGUUAGAAGGAGAGAUCAGGUCCUGUUUUGCUAUGACUGAGCCACAGGUUGCUUCUUCUGAUGCCACAAAUAUUGAGUCCUCCAUUAAAGAAGACGGUGAUUCAUAUAUAAUUAAUGGUCACAAAUGGUGGACUUCAGGUGCAUUGGAUCCUCGUUGUAAAAUAUGCAUCUUUAUGGGAAAGACAGACCCAGAAGCUCCUCGCCAUAAACAGCAGACCAUGAUCCUGAUUCCAAUGGACACUGCUGGAAUAAAACUCACAAGACCACUGACAGUGUAUGGAUUAGAUGAUGCUCCAGCUGGACAUGGCGAGAUCCAUUUUGACAAUGUACGAGUGCCCAAGGAAAAUAUAUUGCUGGGACGUGGCAGGGGAUUUGAAAUUGCACAAGGCAGACUUGGUCCAGGACGAAUACACCACUGUAUGAGGCUUGUAGGAAAUGCCGAGAGGUCUUUAAGUCUCAUGAAGCAGCGAGUGAAGACAAGAAUAGCUUUUGGCAAGCCUUUAGUUGAGCAAGGGACUAUUCUAGCAGGCAUUGCACAAUCCAGAGCAGAAAUCGAGCAAGCCAGAUUGCUGGUACUAAAAGCGGCCCAUCUCAUGGAUACAGUUGGCAAUAAGACAGCUGCUCUGGAAAUUUCCUUGAUUAAAAUGGUUGCUCCAACCAUGGCCUAUCGUGUUGUUGAUCGUGCUAUUCAGGCUUUUGGUGCCGCGGGUCUCAGCAGUGACUUUCCACUUGCUCAGUUCCAUGCAUGGGCCCGAGCGCUACGACUUGCUGAUGGACCAGAUGAAGUUCACCAAGCAGCUGUGGCUAAAAUUGAAUUGAAACAUUAGUCAGUCUUUCUUCCAAAAUAAUGCAAUCAACAGGUCUGUUAUCCUGUGGAUGUAUUUCAACACAAACCUGCAUUAUUAAUAUAUAUACAGCUACUUUUAUAAAUCCUAUUGCUAAUGUGACUAGAUGAAGGACACUUACCUUCAUUAACAGACAUAAUUCUCAGAAUAGAAACGCUGCUAAUUAAAGAAUACAAAAAUGUAUUUUCAUUUAUAUAUUCUUAUUUUUAAAAUGAUACUGACAUGUUCCUAUAAAAACCUGGAAUGGGUAUCAAUUUAAAAAGUGCUACAUAUUCCAGGUUUUUAUAGGAUCAUGCCUGUAUCACUUUAAAAUUCUUUCUGGCAAUAAAAUUACUUUUUGAAACUGCAACUUUGCCUCCCUCUCGUUGCCACCCAUUACUAACCUAGUCUGAUUCAGCCAUUGGCGCUACAGUUGUGGGAUACAGUUCAGGGUUAGUCAAUAAAGCAAAGAUGUGUUAGGCUGCAGUUACUUUUUACACCAGUACACUAUUGGAACAGUGCCUCUAGUUUAUCAGAUCUUUGCCAGAAUUAAUACUGACAAAUUCUAAAAUGUGUCAUUAUAACUUUACAGGGAAUGGCACAAGAGGAGAUUUUGGGCAUUUAGCCACCUCUGUGUUUAGUAGCACUGUAGACAGAUUGCAGUGGAGAUCACUAAAAUCACUAAGGAUCAAAGCCUGUCUUUAGUGCUAUUAAACUCCCAGGUGGUACAACGCCAUUGCCAAUGGUGAAGAAUAAUUUCUGUUUUCUAGUUUGCCACUGAUCAUAAUUAAUAAAAAUGUUAUACUACUACA